GAAGCAAAUAUUCUCUCGCGUAUAGCGAAAAAUGGUUCAAAACCAGACAUAUCGGACAUGAGAUGCUUUCCAAUAUCGGCGUAUUAUUGUAUUCACGUGAUAUAAAAGUGGCGUAUCGAUAUGAGUCGUUAAUGACGAUCUAAAUGAAUGUAAUGAAAUAAAUCGAUAUUAUUAAUAUAAAAUCACAAACGGAGGACAAUAAAAAAAAGUAAGAGUGAGAGAAAAACGUUGCACGCUUUAUGAAAGAAGAUGCUUUGAAGAGAUCUCUCUCUUUCUCUUGUCUCUCAGAGACAAUGAUCCCGACGAUUACGGAGAAAUGCAAAUAAAUCCUGCAAUAAUCCACACAUGAAUAUUUACACAUAAACGAGAGUAUAAUGGGAUAGAAGUCCAAAGCAAGUACUCGAGUAAUCUCGAAAGUGACUGACUAUUCAAACUGACUGUUCGAUUCAUUCAUCUUCAUCGCUGGCCUCAACAUAACGCAAUAACAACGACACUGUCUUCGACAGUUAUCAUACGUAGAAAUGCCAUAACUCGUAUUAGAUAUCUUUACUGAAAGUAAACAUCUACGCGAAAAAUGGCUGAAAGCGCAGCGAGUCCAAGCAAUGUGCAUGCGAACAGUCCGCAACAACCACAACAGCAACAGCAGCAGCAACAACAACAACAACAACAACAACAACAACAACAACAACAACCGCAACAGCAACCGCAACAACAACCGCAACAACAACAACAGGCGCAACAACAACAACAAACACAACAACCUCCAGAUAUAAGCAGUUCACAGCUAACUUCUCCGCCAAUCACGGGAACAGCUCAGAUCGAGAUAAUCCCAUGCAAGGUAUGCGGGGACAAGAGCAGCGGCGUACAUUACGGUGUGAUCACCUGCGAGGGUUGCAAGGGCUUCUUCAGGCGGUCGCAGUCAUCGGUCGUCAACUAUCAAUGUCCGCGGAACAAGAAUUGUGUGGUCGACCGUGUAAACAGAAACCGGUGCCAGUACUGUCGGUUGCAAAAGUGCCUACGCCUCGGCAUGUCAAGAGAUGCCGUUAAAUUUGGGCGCAUGUCGAAAAAACAACGGGAAAAGGUUGAAGAUGAGGUCAGAUUCCACAGGGCGCAAAUGAGGGCAGCCUCAGAGACGGCGCCAGACAGCAGUGUAUUCGAGCAUCAGACGCCGAGCAGUUCGGAUCAACAUCAUCCUUAUAAUGGCGGGUACACGUAUGGUGGUAGCGAAUACACAUCGUCAGGUCCCGGCACUGGCGGUUACACGAAUUACAAUCAUCAGGCGAUGACGAAUUAUGAGCUUAGUGCCGACUACGUCGACAGCACGACGACCUACGACCCCAGACCGACGCAGACGCAGGUCGCAGAUACCGUCGCGCCCGACACACCCUCGGCCGUCACUGCAACUGGAGUACUUCCCAGUGUAGUCACUACUGGGAAGUCUCUCUCCGCCUCGACGACUGGGAACGGCGCAGGGGGUGGCGGAGGAGGAGGCGGUGGCGGCGGUAGUGGUGGUGGUGGUAAUGGUGGUGGCGGUACUGGUAGCGGUAAUGGUAAUAGUAGCGGUGGCGGCGGUUCUGCCGCGGCCGCCAGCGGGACUGCCGGGAGCGGAGGCGGUGGCGGUGGCAGCGGCUCCCUGAGCGGCGGCGGAAUCGUCGCCGUGAAACAGGAAACCACCGUCGAGCUCGCCGGCCUGGGCCAUGGCUCGUACACGAUGGUUGACUCGACGACCUUCCUUAGUGGACAGCAGCAGAGGGUCAGCAAUCCAUCUGAAGAUGACGAAGUGCCGAGUCUGCCCAGUAUGUCCCAUGCGAUGAGAUAUCCGGCACAAAUCAGCGAGCUUCUCUCGAAAACGAUAGCGGACGCGCACGCAAGGACAUGCCUGGUGUCGACGGAACAAAUCCAGGAAUCCUUCCGGAAGCCCACCGACAUUACCAGAAUGAUCUACUACAAGAACAUGGCACAUGAGCAGCUCUGGUUGGAGUGCGCCCAAAAGUUGACCACCGUUAUCCAGCAGAUCAUCGAAUUUGCCAAAAUGGUCCCUGGAUUCAUGAAGCUCUCGCAGGACGACCAGAUUGUUUUAUUAAAGGCCGGUUCCUUCGAGUUGGCUGUGCUACGAAUGAGCAGGUACCUCGAUCUCCAGCAAAACUGCGUCCUAUACGGUGACACCUUGCUACCGCAGGAGGCGUUUUAUACGACGGAUACGGCGGAAAUGAAGCUUGUUUCCUGCGUAUUCGAGUUGGCCAGAAGCAUUGCCGAACUAAAACUCACUGAAACCGAAUUGGCGCUCUAUAGCGCGGCUGUUCUACUUAGCCCUGAUCGACCGGGACUGAAAUGCCUGGGAGACAUCAAUAGGCUGUCGCAGGCGGUGAUCAGAGCGUUAAGGUCAGAACUAGAUCGGAACCAUGUGACGCCGAUUAAGGGCGAUGUGACCGUAUGCGACGCAAUUCUCGCGAAGAUACCGCAGCUACGGGAGAUCUCACUGCUGCACAUGGACGCGCUGGCGAAGUUCAAGCGGUCGCAACCGCACCUCGAGUUCCCGGCCCUCCACAAGGAGCUCUUCAGUGUCGAUAGCUGAACGAGCGACACGGCGCGGAACGUCGUCCCGGCGCUGCCGAGCAGACAGGAGCGCGAAUAGCGUCUCAGACCUUGCUCGGUCAAGAUUAUUUCCUUCAUAAUGAACGUAUUGGGCC